ACUUCACUACAGCUUCCGCCGGGGCUAAUUAGAAUAUGCCGUAUUGGUGGCGUAGGGGUUGACGCCUCAUUAAUCAUCACGAGUGGGGCGCGCUGAUUGGUGGAAGGGGGGGGGCGUGUCUUGCGCAGGGUCCGCGGCUAACUGGAGGCGGUGAGCCGCUGGCAGCGGGUCCCUCUGGCUCGGAUCGGAGCCUCCCCCACCAGCAGGGUGGUGGUGGUGGUGGGGGACUCUAAUAUCUAGAUACCCCCGGCGCCGGAGCACGUGGAGACCCCGCCCUCCGGCUCCUCCCCCACCCCCGGUCGGGGCAAGUAGGGACCCUGCCCCCCAAUCCUAAAUACCCUCCCACUCCCCACUCGGGCAAGAGGAGAUCCCUCCCCGCCCCCUUCCUUCCCAGCGCCCCUGUCGAGCUUCCCCCAGGCCUGCUCUCUGCAGCUCGAGGCGUUCCCCCCCGGGUGGCUGCGGCUCCCCCAUGGCGCUGUACUUGCUGGCUCAGCGUGCCCAUGCCCGCCGGCGACGGCGGCUGCCCCAGGAGCGGGUGUUCAAGCCCCGGAUCCAGUUCCUGAACAUGCCAGAGGAGCAGGUGAUGCGGCGCUACCAGCUCAACCCUGAGAUGAUCCGAGACCUGUGCCACGCACUAGAGCGCGACCUGCAGCCCUCGACUGGCCGCAGCCAUGCUCUCCCUGUUUACGUCAAGGUGACGGCUGCCCUCAACUUCUACACCUCGGGCACCUUUCAGACGCCGGCGGGCGACGCGGCUGGCAUCAGCCAGGCCAGCAUGUCCCGCUGUGUCUCCCAAGUCACGACCGCCCUGACCCGCCGUGCCAAUGCCUACAUCCGCUUCCCCUUCCAGCCUCGGCAGCAGGCCCGCACCAAAGAGGAGUUUCUGCGCAUUGCUGGCUUCCCCAAUGUGCUGGGCACGCUGGGCUGCACCCACGUGGCCCUCAAGCCGCCCUCGGAUCACGAGAACCUCUACCGCAAUCCAUUGCGCUUCCACUCCAUGAACAUGCAGCUGGUGUGCGAUGCCAACGGCAUGAUAACCCAUGUGGUGGCCGAGUUCCCUGGCUCUGUGCCGGAUGCCCACAUCCUCAGCUGUUCCAGCCUCAGGGGCAUCUUUGAGGGGCACCAGAACAUGAAUGGCUGGCUGCUGGGGGAUGGCACCUACCCCCUGAAGCCCUGGCUGCUGACACCAGUGGAGACAGCAGAGACAGCAGCUGAGCAGCGAUACAACACAGCGCACAUGGCCACACAGGCUGUGGUGGGACGUACAGUGGGGGCACUAAAGGGCCGGUUCCGGUGCCUGGACCGGGCAGGGGGGGUGCUCCAGUACAGCCCCCUCAAGGUCUGUCACAUCUUCGUGGCUUGCUGUGUCUUGCACAAUAUGGCUGUGGGGAGGGGCAUUGCCAUGCCUGAGGGGGUGGAGCUGCGUGCCAGGCAACCUGCCCAGGCUUCUCCCCACCCUGAGCCCCUCUCCCAGGAGUCCCAGUGCCUGCGGCAAGAGCUCAUCACCAGCUAUUUCAGCUGAGGGGCACCCUGGGCCCCUGACCUACAUGCAUGUGAAUGGGAGAUGCAGGGGUUGAAAGCCAGCCCAUAGAUGUUGGGGGAGUAUGUGGUGGUGGAAAGGCAAGGCUCUCUGGGCUGGACUAAGGAGCUGCAGCCCUAUUGGAGCCAGCCUCCUCCUCUCCCGCCUUUGGACUGGUGGGGAGCACGUACCUUCCCUGAGACAGACAAACAGCAAGAGGUUUGUUUGUGUAGGCCUAUCCUCACAUGCAGCAGAGGUCAGGAUCCUGCUCCUGCAGGAAGCUGACUGAGCUGCUGCAGCCAUUUCUCCCAACCCAGCUACCGCCAGGGGAGGAAGCUGGCCCUCUGGCAGUGCUGGAGAAGAUAGAGGGCACUCUCUUGUGUAGCCACACACACAUCAUAGAUGGCCCCCUGGCAACCCUCCCCUGCUAGGACAUUAAACUGGCUCCUUGCCCCUGGA